GGCCACCAUCACAUUAACCUCAAUGAAAACACAUCACCUCAAGCUUACACCUCUCCGCCGCAAAAUCACCUGACAGCACAACACCCGCAGCAGGUUACGUCGACCAGUGCAUGAACUGGGAUGUCUGCAGCCGACUGGUACGCUCACAAAUCGCUGGGAGACGGACUCUUCUGGAUCCAGGAGCGAUUCUACCAGUCGGAAAAUCGGGCCAACAUCUGGUUGCUGCGCGGCUCGCACCAGGACGUUGUGAUAGACACUGGGCUGGGCUUGAGGAGCUUACCUGACUACAUCGACGGCGCGGGGCUGCUGGGCGAAGACCCGCAGAGGAAGAACCCGCUGCUGGCCAUCGCCACCCACGCGCACUUCGACCAUUCGGGGGGUCUGCAUCAGUUCCAACAGGUGGGCGUCCACAGCGCCGAGGUCGAUGCCGUGGCUAACGGAGACAACUUCGAGACGGCCACCUGGCUCAGCGACAGAGAGAUAGCCGAGGCUCCCAGUCCGGGAUGGAGGGCACGGAACUACAGAGUGAAGGCUGUGCAGCCCACACACAUCCUGCAGGAGGGUGAUGUCAUUAACCUGGGCGACAGACAGCUGAACGUGCUCCACAUGCCCGGCCACUCGCGGGGCAGCAUCUGCCUCCACGACCGGGACAAUAAGAUGCUCUUCAGUGGAGAUGUAGUGUAUGAGGGCGCCAUGAUUGACUGGCUGCCCUACAGCCAUGUCAGUGACUACAUCAGCAGCUGUGAGCGUCUGGUGGGGCUGGUGGACAGCGAACAGGUGGACCAAGUCCUCCCAGGACACUACAACACCUUCGGUGCGAAGCGGCUGCACCGGAUAGCAUCGUCAUACAUCAGCAGAGCUGGCACGUGCCCUGCAAAGUUCUCCACGUUCGCCUGGGGAACUCUGGCCGGGGUGGCGCUGCGGGCGUUUAACCCCCGCUGUGCCUGCUGAGGAGAGGGGACCAUGGAGCGUGAGGAAGCACAAGUGCACAAAGAAAGAGCAUUUAAAUAUGGAGGGCACCCUCAUUUAUCUGUAUCUCGAUGUAUCAUUGUUCAUUUACUUAUGUAAUCCAACGUAUAUCAUUGAAUUGCCAAACUUUGUGUUAAAUGCCCUGUUUGGGUUACAUAAGUCAAUAAUCAGCCUCAUAUGAAGCAUACAAUAUAAAGUAUUUAUGUGAUUCUGUUCUAUACUAAUCGAUAUGUAUUUGUUAAUAUGGUUUUUUAUACUUUGAGCAUUUCAAUUAUUAAUAGCACAACAAUGGUAAAACUCUGCACUGCAAACAGGAAGCAGAGUCAGUAUGGCCAUAGUAUUUCUCUAUGCAUUUUACAAUGCUCAGUGAAGACUCGCUGUCGACUACCUCGAAUGUUUGUAACAGUGAUUUGUACUAUUGACAGAUAUAAGGCUUUGGUAUAUAAACAAUGAGAAUAAAGCCUCUGUUCUA